UUUGAUUUUCAGUUGUUAACCGCCGUCUGGUUACGUUUUGACACGAUUAAUUGUUUUUUGUUUUUUAAAACUUUAAAGUAGAAAUUAGAAUCUAGUUUACCCAUUUGAUUUGUGUAAAUUAAGGAAAUAGUGUUUUUUAGCUGCGCUAUAAUGGCUGUGUAAAUAAUUCACUGCAUAUUAUAUCACUGAUUAAUCUCCGGUGUAUCUACCGCUAGUCUUUUAGAUUAUAAAUUAUAACUUAAAUUAUAGCUAUGGAAAAAACAGAGUUUGAUGUGGAUGAUGCUGAUGGAUUUGACGAAGAUUUAAUUUCCGAAGACUCGAUUGAAGAAGACUCAAAAGUCGAUUUACUAACUAAAAGCGUUUCGAGUGAACUGUGUUGUGGAUGCAAUUGUAUUCGUAUGUUUGACCAAGAAUUCAAAAAACGUCUUUUAAUAGAAAUGUCUCGGUUGAGCGACUCGGAAAAACGGAUUUACUUAUUUGCAUUAAUAUCCCUAAAAGAACAGAAGAAGUUUAACUCUGUCAAACCAAAGCCAACUAAGGUUUUCCAAUACUCGAUUAAAGAGUAUGGUGUUACACGCGUCAUUUGUAAAAAUUCAUUUAUUACUCUUCAUGGAACGACAAUAGCAUUAGUACGAAAUUUAUGUCAUAAAAUGAGAUCAAACUGCCUAUUUCCAACUGAUAAGAGAGGAAAACAUGAAAAAAGACCUACGAUACCUGAUAAAAUGAAAGAACAAAUUAGAUUACACUUUUUUUCUAUUUUAGACUCGCCUGUAAUAUUUUCCUGUGCAAAAAAAUUGGGCAAACCAAAUGUCAGCAAAAUGUGGAUGCACUUCAUAAAGAAUCACGGACACAUAGCCAGAUCUACUUAUACCAAAUAUAUUGCAUCUCUAUUAACUCCUGAAGUUCGUAUGAAAUACAUGUGUGCCAAUGAAGCUAAGUUAAUCCUACAAGAGUUACAGAAAUAUAAUUACAACUAAAAUAAUUUAUAGUUACUAUUAUCAUUACGUAUUGUUUAAUUGUUUUAUUUGAAAAAAAAAACACCUUUUUGUAACAUGAUGAAUUUGAACGAGAUUGACAUUAUCUAACAAUUUAUAAUUUUAUAUUUAAUUAAAACUGAAACUAUUUUGAUA